GCCCCGUUGUGAGGUUAUAAAGUGCGGCGCUCCGCGGGCGAGCGCAGUGGCUGCCGCCGCGGCUCUGCUUUCGGCUGCUCAUUUGGCGCCGCAACGGACCGCCCGCUCCCGCUCCGUGUACAGUAGCCGGCCCCUCUCCGGCGCCGUUCCGGGGCUCCCGUGCUUUGCGCGAAGCCCUGGCCCCGGCGGCCGGGGCAUGGGCCAGGGGCGCGGGGUAAGGCGGCUUCCGGCAGGGCCGUGACCUGUACCGGCUUCAGCAUGAAGACCCUCAUAGCCGCCUACUCUGGGGUCCUGCGAGGUGAGCGCCGGGCCGAGGCUGCCCGGAGUAAGAGCCCGAAAGGAGGAUCAGCGCUAUCACGUGAGGGAUCUGGGAGAUGGGGCGCAGGCUCCAGUAUCCUCUCUGCCCUCCAGGACCUCUUCUCCAUCACCUGGCUCAAUAGGUCCAAGGUGGAAAAGCAGCUACAGGUCAUCUCAGUGCUACAAUGGGUCCUGUCUUUCCUUGUGUUGGGAGUGGCCUGCAGCGCCAUCCUAAUGUACACUUUCUGCACUGAUUGCUGGCUGAUUGCUGUGCUCUACUUUACCUGGCUGGUGUUUGACUGGAACACGCCCAAGAAAGGUGGCAGGAGGUCUCAGUGGGUCCGAAACUGGGCUGUGUGGCGCUAUUUUCGUGACUACUUUCCCAUCCAGCUGGUGAAGACACACAACCUGCUGACCACCAGGAACUAUAUCCUUGGAUACCACCCCCAUGGCAUCAUGGGCCUGGGUGCCUUCUGCAACUUCAGUACAGAGGCCACAGAAGUGAGCAAGAAGUUCCCUGGCAUAAGGCCUUACCUGGCCACCCUGGCUGGCAACUUCCGGAUGCCAGUGCUGAGGGAGUAUCUGAUGUCUGGAGGCAUCUGCCCUGUAAACCGGGACACCAUAGACUACUUGCUCUCAAAAAAUGGGACUGGCAAUGCCAUCAUCAUUGUGGUUGGGGGUGCAGCUGAGUCCCUAAGUUCCAUGCCUGGCAAGAAUGCUGUCACCCUACGGAACCGCAAGGGAUUUGUAAAACUAGCCCUGCGCCAUGGAGCCGACCUGGUUCCUACCUACUCCUUUGGGGAGAAUGAAGUAUACAAGCAGGUGAUCUUCCAGGAGGGUUCCUGGGGCCGAUGGGUCCAGAAGAAGUUCCAGAAGUAUAUUGGCUUUGCCCCAUGCAUCUUCCAUGGCCGAGGCCUCUUCUCCUCUGACACUUGGGGGCUGGUGCCCUACUCCAAACCCAUCACCACUGUUGUGGGUGAGCCCAUCACCAUCCCCAAGCUGGAGUACCCGACCCAGCAGGACAUCGACCUGUACCAUGCCAUGUACAUGGAGGCCCUGGUGAAGCUCUUUGAUAGCCAUAAGAUCAAGUUCGGCCUCCCGGAGACUGAGGUCCUGGAGGUGAACUGAACCAGCCCUCUGGAAGUCACCUCCCCAGAGGAACGAGCUGCAAAUCGUUUUCUACCAAGUUCUCGCGUGCUUUUUGUUCUGUAAAUUUGGAAGCGUCAUGGGUGUCUGUGGGUUAUUUAAAAGAAAUUAUAAUAAUUUUGUUAAACCAUUACCAUGUUAGGUCUUUUUUAAGAAAGAAAAAGUCAAUAUGUCAAGUUCUUUUCACUUCCAGUUUGUCCUGUUCUAGGUGGUGGCUAAAUCUAGGCAUUCAUGGUUUCUUGACAAACCCUUCUUCCCUUCCUGAAAUGACAGAGAAAACUCAGUUCUGGUUUGGGGAAGAAAGACAGCCAUUAGUGACUCAGGCCAGUUUGAUUAUUCACUUUUUGCCCCUAGGGAUGGGAGGCAGAAGCCGUUUCUAAUGCAAACACCUGUAUUCCCACUACCCCAUGCUGGGGAGUACAGGACUGGCCCCUCUUGCCAAGGAGAAGAGUCAGAGGGCACAAUUGCCACAUUUUGAGGGGGGCAGUGGUGAGCAGCUGGGAUGUUCCAGCUUGAUGCUCCCUCUGCCGCCCCAACCCCACCCCCAGUUUUUCAAAUCUGAGCCUGGAUUGCCUUCAGGAUGAGGAUGGGGUGGUGGUGCUGCUGUGAGGGGCAGAGGGCUGCUCUAGAUGCACCAUCUCCGGGAUCAUCCAGCCUCUGCUCUGGUUGGAGGAACUGGCUUUCCUUAAGAGGCUGAUGACACAAGGUACAGACUCAGCCUUGGCCUGGAUCACAUGGUCCCAAUGGCCUCAGUUUACCUAACCCAUACUCCCAAAUUUGGGUGUAAGGAAAGGGCCUCCCUGCUAUGCACAGAGGGGCCUGGCACCUUCUGAGCGGCAGAUUGAUUCCUGGACAGAAAGCCCCCAGACCCAAGCCUCAUGUGCAUUAUUUGUGCCUUUCUGAGGGGGUGGAGCCAGGGAGGAACCCCAGCCCCUCUGUGUGUUCUGUUUUCUCUUGAUGAGAUCAUUGUACCAUGUCAGACUUUUGUAUAUGCCUUGUCAAAUAAAUGGAAAAGAGAA